GAACAAACUGUAGUGACUGAGGGGUUCAUCGGCCUAUGGGCUCAUCCUAGUUCUCUGCCUCUAUAUAGUCUAUCCUUCCUUCCGGCAACGGCUUGUUCCCUCCAUCAACAAUGUCCGCCGAGUCCGCCUCUGCAAUUCCCAGAGGCCAGGUUGAUUUGCUGGACUUCAUCAACUGGUCUGAAGUUGAAUGCCUGAACCAGAAAACCAACCACUCCAUCAUCAACGCCCUCAAGCAGGGAUACAGAGAAGAUGAGGGUUUGAGCCUUGACAGUGAUGCUGACGAGCAGCUUCUGAUUUACAUACCGUUUAACCAAGUUGUCAAACUUCAUUCCAUUGUUGUCAAAGGCCCCGAGGAGGAAGGCCCCAAAACAGUGAAGCUAUUUGCAAAUAAGGAACACAUGGGAUUCAGUAACGUUACUGACUAUCCUCCAAGUGACACAGCUGAUUUAUCUGUUGAUGAUCUUAAGGGAAAACCUGUCAACUUGAAGUUUGUCAAGUUUCAAAAUGUUCGCAGCCUGACGAUUUUCAUCGAGGAUAAUCAAUCUGGAAAUGAAAUUACAAAAGUUCAAAAGAUUGUCCUGUAUGGUUCAACGGUGGAGACAACAGAUAUGAAAGGGUUGAAGAAGAUUGAGGAGCAUUGAGCCUUGGAAAGCAUGUUCAGGUCAAUUAUCUUCACAUCAUCCAUACCCCGAAUAUCGUUUCGAAUCAUAAUUUUUUAAUCUCACAUUGGGUUUUCAUUGUACUUUGUGCUUGAAAUUCUACCAAAUUGUAUGCCCUAAGAAACAAUAAGCAAUUUGUCAUGGUCGUUGUCUCACCAGAUGCCAUUAGAAUUUCAAUAGAGUUUACUCUAGAGAAAGAAACAAAAAUGCCCCUUUCCCCUGACAUUGUUAUUUUGUGUUACUUCUAUUACUAUGUUU